AUGAUGGCGUUCCUGCAGAACCGCUCCAUAUCGCUGGUGGACAUGUACAUCGACAACUCGGAGCCGUCGGAGAACGUCGGGCAGAUACAUUUCUCGCUCGAGUACGACUUCCAGAACACAACCCUGAUAUUGAAAAUCAUACAGGGCAAGGAGCUACCUGCUAAGGACUUGAGCGGCACCUCAGACCCCUACGUUCGCGUCACCCUGCUCCCUGACAAGAAGCACCGCUUGGAGACCAAGAUCAAGAGGCGCACUCUGAACCCGCGUUGGAACGAGACUUUCUACUUCGAAGGCUUCCCGAUACAGAAGCUUCAGAGCCGGGUUCUGCAUCUCCACGUAUUCGAUUACGACCGCUUCUCUCGAGAUGAUUCAAUUGGAGAAGUAUUCUUGCCGCUAUGCCAGGUGGAUCUGAGCGAAAAACCAUCGUUCUGGAAAGCUCUGAAACCACCAGCCAAGGAUAAAUGUGGAGAACUACUCACCUCCCUCUGCUACCACCCUAGCAACAGCGUGCUUACAUUGACACUCCUGAAAGCACGCAACUUGAAGGCCAAAGACAUCAACGGGAAAUCAGAUCCAUACGUAAAGGUCUGGCUGCAGUUUGGCGACAAGCGCAUUGAGAAGCGCAAGACGGCGAUCUUCAAGUGCACCCUGAACCCCGUCUUCAACGACUCCUUCUCCUUCAAUGUGCCAUGGGAGAAGAUAAGGGAGUGCUCUCUCGACGUCCAGGUCAUGGAUUUCGACAAUAUCGGUCGCAAUGAGCUCAUCGGCAGAAUACUCUUGGCCGGUAAAAAUGGGUCUGGAGCAACUGAAACCAAGCACUGGCAGGACAUGAUCACUAAGCCACGGCAGACCAUCGUACAGUGGCACCGUCUGAAACCGGAG